AUGGCCGAGGUUCCCGAGGUGUUGCAGCAGCAGGAGGAGGACCGCAGUAAGCUGAGAUCUGUGUCAGUGGACCUGAAUGUUGAUCCCUCGCUUCAGAUUGACAUACCUGGUGCACUCAGUGAGAGAGAUAAAGUCAAAUUUACAGUGCACACCAAGACCACACUGCCCACGUUUCAGAGCCCAGAGUUUCCUGUUACAAGGCAACAUGAAGACUUUGUGUGGCUACAUGACACUCUUAUUGAAACUACAGACUAUGCUGGGCUUAUUAUCCCGCCGGCGCCGACCAAGCCCGACUUCGAUGGCCCUCGAGAGAAGAUGCAGAAGCUGGGAGAGGGUGAAGGGUCAGUGACGAAAGAAGAAUUUGCCAAGAUGAAGCAAGAGCUAGAAGCGGAGUACCUUGCUGUCUUCAAGAAGACGGUGUCUUCACACGAAGUCUUUCUCCAGCGGCUCUCUUCCCACCCUGUUCUCAGUAAGGACCGCAACUUCCACAUGUUCUUGGAAUAUGAUCAAGAUCUAAGUGUCAGGCGAAAAAAUACUAAAGAGAUGUUUGGUGGCUUUUUUAAAAGUGUGGUGAAAAGUGCUGAUGAAGUUCUUUUUUCAGGAGUUAAAGAGGUGGAUGAUUUUUUUGAGCAAGAGAAGACUUUCCUCAUCAAUUACUACAACAGGAUCAAGGAUUCCUGUGCAAAGGCUGACAGGAUGACCAGAUCUCAUAAAAAUAUCGCAGAUGAUUAUAUCCACACUGCAGCCUGCUUGCAUAGCCUGGCUUUAGAGGAGCCUACAGUCAUCAAGAAGUACCUGUUGAAGGUGGCUGAGCUGUUUGAAAAACUUAGGAAAGUGGAGAGUCGAGUCUCCUCAGAUGAAGACUUGAAGCUGACAGAGCUCCUGCGAUACUACAUGCUCAACAUAGAGGCUGCCAAGGAUCUCUUAUACCGACGCACCAAAGCCCUCAUCGACUAUGAGAAUUCAAAUAAAGCGCUGGAUAAGGCCCGGUUAAAGAGCAAAGAUGUCAAGCUGGCCGAGACACACCAGCAGGAAUGCUGCCAGAAGUUUGAACAGCUCUCUGAAUCUGCAAAAGGAGAGCUAAUCAAUUUCAAGCGGAAGAGAGUGGCAGCAUUCAGGAAGAAUCUAAUUGAAAUGUCUGAACUGGAAAUAAAGCAUGCCAGGAACAACGUGUCCCUCCUACAAAGCUGCAUCGACCUGUUCAAGAACAACUGAGUGAAGGACUGAAUGUGAAGAAAGCCAGCAUCACUUGCACUCAGAUCAUUACCACAGAAGAUUGACUUGAUUUAUCUUGACUUCAGUUUAAAAUUAUGUGAAUACAUAUUUUGAUUUCUAAAGAUCUUAACACUUAACCAUGUUGGUUUAAAAAUAUUUCUAUUGCAUGCUCCUUGGACAUAACUAAUCUUGAUGCAGUUAAUACCUCAGUGGGUAGAAUCUUAAGUACUGGGUUCUCCUCUAAUUUGUAG